AUGGCGUCACCUCUUCCCACCAUCGUGGGAAUGCGCUCGAAAGACGACACCGAGGCUUUGGUCCAAAGUCUGGACUUCACCGGGUUCGAUGAUCACCUUGCAGUUGCCCUCGACUUGCUGGCCGAAGAAGGCCGAAGUUCAACCUCCGAAGCCGCGGAAUGCCGAUAUCUUUUAGAUGAUUUGUUUGCUGGCCCCAAGAACGCCAUGGGAGUGGGUCCUUCAGUUGACAUGUCUGUCCCUCCGGGUGGUUCAAUGAUUACCUUGCAAUCGCCUCAAGAAUGCUUUCAAACCAGGCCCAAGUUCAACGAGACCUGGAAACCUGAUUGUAUGUCAAUGAUCGAUGAUGCUCGGUGGAAUGACUUCGUGGGCAAAUUGACUAACACGGCAGAAGAUCAGAAGAUUCAUCAACUCUGCAGCGAGCUCACCACCGCAACACAAGGAGCGAUCCAGGUGCAGUACCGCACUGCAUGGACAGGCUUUUGCAAGCCCAAGCAUGCUCGGACCGCACGGCUCAUCGUGUUCUGUCCGAGAACCAGCAUGGGGCCAGUGACCAUACCAAUCCCCGGUGCAGCACCCAUCCAAUCGAUCAUGAUCACAGUUCCUCCUGGUGUGGUUCCAGGGCAACAGCUUCAGGUUCAGACACCGACGGGCAUUCAAACUGCCACCGUGCCAGAAGGUGUUGGUCCAGGGCAAAGCUUUACCUUCACCCCAGGUGCUCCUGUGGUGGUGCAAGCUCAAGUUGUCCAUGCAGAAGUGGUUGAUGACAAUAAGAUGCAGGCCUAG